AUGAUUGCAUGCCUUAUUUGCCUACAAGAACUUGAAUUUUCAAGUGAUCCGUCUGUAUGUAUUCCAUUAUGUGGUCACGUCUUCCAUGAUAAGUGCAUCUUAAAAUGGUGUAACGAACUUGAUAAACAAAGAAAAUGCAAAGUUUGCCCGAAAUGCCGAUGCGAAAUAGAAAAUACAAGUUCAUUCAUUAAGAUAUUCUUUGAAUCGGUUCUGGACAAUAGCACCAAGGAAGCACAAAAGGAAAUAGAUUCUCUACUUGCAAGUAAUGACGUUUGUAAAAGACGAAUAGAAAUAAUGCUUAUGGAAAUGAAAGAAACUAUUAGAACAAUCGAAAGUAAUUCAAAAGAAAUUGCAUCUAAAAAAAAAACUAUUCUUGAAAAUGAAGCUGAUAGUUAUAGUGGACCUAUUCAAUUAAAAGAUCUCACUGUUGUUUUAUCUCGUGAAGAUGAAAUCAGAAGAAUGAAUGAUUAUUAUAAUAGUCACAGACAAAGUCACAGAAUAUUUAAUGAAUCUGACUAUGGGAUGAAUUAUCAUAGUCAGUAUCAUAAUUAA